CCCACUGGUUUCAUGUCACUGCCAUCAGAUUUGGCACUUAGGUAGUGGAUUGAACUUCCCCUAGAUUCCCAAACAGCUGAGUCACUGGCUGCCUUUAAACCAUGUAUAUCACGCGUCAUUUCCGCAUUCUCAGGUUCAACAGUAUUGUGUGUAGCCGGAAGUCUUUUCAUGUAUUUGCAAAGGCUUGUGGCGCGAGCAUUAUAAACAAGAUGUUACCUGCAAACAGGGCUCCGAUCCGGAUGGUGGCCGGCUGCCCGCGUCCUUUACUCUCGGUUGAGCCCACUCGGGGACUCGUGGACGAAAAACUACGGAUCGUCGUGACAAAUUUGAACCCGAUGCAGGAGGUGACCCUUCACUCUCUGCAUCAUUCAGAGGACAUGGACAUGUGGGAAGCAUUCGGACAUUAUGUGAGCGACGAGCAUGGCAGUGUAUCGGUGGCAAAGGACUCCAGUGUGGGAGGCACGUAUACAGGUGUGGAGCCCAUGGCCCUGAUGUGGAGCCUGAGGCCAGUACCAGGUAGCCGAACGGGACUAAGGUUGCGAAAGCGAGAUGUCCUCUCACCAAUGAUAUUCCACAUUUCUGUGUAUAAUGGACACAUCGCUCAAGGUUUUAACCAACUCAGACCGUUAGUGACCGUCAUCAUAGAAAGGUGGUACAUGGCUCCUGGUGUGCAGAGGAUCGAUGUACGUGAGAAAGGAGUCCAGGGAACUUUUUUCUUCCCUCCAGGUCCUGGCCCGUUUCCAUGUGUGUUGGACAUGUGGGGAGGAGGUGGUGGCCUGGUGGAGUAUCGAGCUGUCCUACUGGCUUCACAUGGCUUUGCUGCUUUUGCCUUAGAGUAUCUGUUUCUAGAGGAAGUCAAAAAAGUUGAUGGUAAUUACUUUGAGGUAGCGUAUCAGAUCUUACAGGAGCAUCCCAUGGUCAUAAGGGACAGAAUUGCUCUGUUGGGCCUCUCUUUCGGCGGUUCUGUUGUUCUAUCUAUGGCUGCCAACUCUUCUGUCAUUAAGCCCCGGUGUUGUGUAUGCAUCAGCUGCAGUCACGCCACACCUGUACACAGUUCUUUGUCUGAAGUCUACAAAGGGUUAAACACAUUGGCUUAUAAAGCACGUGUAGAGAACAAUCAGAUCAUCUGGAGAGACAUCAUCUUGCCCAUCCCAACAGAUCCAGCUGAGAAAGUGGAUGUUGGCCUGAUAAAAUGUCCUAUCCUUAUGAUUGUUGGUGAUGAUGAUCAGAACUGGGCCUCACUGGAGUCAGCUGAAGAUAUGAUAAGAAUGACUGAAAAGGCAGGGAAUCGGCAUUUGCUCGAGGUCAUCAUCUAUCCAGGUACAGGUCACCUGAUUGAGCCGCCCUACACACCACACCACAGAGCCUCUAACUUCAUGGUUGAUGGCAAGGAGAAAGUGAUCAUGCUUUGGGGUGGACAGACAAGACUGCAUUCAUAUGCACAAGAAGACUCAUGGGAGAAAAUUUUGGACUUUUUUAACAAACACCUCUGCAGAGCAUCUCAACAGGCCCGACUGUAGUUGUUUUUGUUUUGCAUUGUGUAACUGAUAAUAUCACUACCACAUUAUUAACAGAGGACCGCAUAUACCAGGGGUGUGGAAUCUUAUCCACAAAGGGCUAGUGCAGGUGCAGGUUUUCAUUCCGAUCAAGUAGGAGCCACAUCUGACUCCACAUGUUCAAUCAUCUCUGCUUUCAAUCGUCCCUGGUUUGGCUUCUGCUUGGGUGGCUGCUUGGGUACAUCAGAUCAGACUGUAAACUGAGAUUGUCUGUUUUAUGAAAACUUUGUAAAAUUGUUAAAAAUAAAUAAGUAAAUAAAUUGUUCUACAAAUUA